AUGGGGAGCGGCGGCCCCGCAGUGCCGGACCCCGCGCUCCUGCUGCUCCUGCUGCUCCUGCUGCUGCUGAGCGCGGGGAGCUUCCCACACAGCCUCCAGGGCUCCCCAGACUUCCAAGGCCUCGGGCUGGACUGGGGAAGGUUCCACGACCGCCGCCUCCUCAGCCUAGAUCGGGGAAGGUUCCACCAGGACACCAGUCACCACAGGAGCAAGGCGAAGAAGCUGUAUUCCUGCGAGGGCGCCUUCGACCUCUACUUCAUCUUAGACGCAUCAGACAGUGUGAAGAGCAGCUGGAAGGAUGUUUACAGAUUUGUGAAUGAAGUGGUGAAGAAGUACCCAAACCCGAAACUGCGGAUGUCCUUCAUCACGUACUCCACACAGGGCCACACCCUCAUGAAGCUCACCUCAGACAGAAAUGAGAUACGUGAUGGUCUUAGCAGACUUCAGAAUGUAGUGCCUACAGGAGCCACAAACAUGCAUGAGGGAUUUAAGAAGAGCCCUCCAGGCGCUCUGGACGGCAGGUGCUCGGGUCUGGGUGCCCUCUCCCCGGGAGGAGGAGACCGCAAAGCUGUCAGCCUGAUUAUUGCUCUGGCUGCUGGAGCACUGCUUACAAAGCCGUUACGGGAGACUAAGAACGAACUGAAUAGUAUUGUACUAAAAGAUGGCCAGAUGUAUGCAGAGGAUGGAUUCAGGUCCUUCGAAGACUUUGUUAACUCGCUCGUGGGAAAUUCCUGUAUGGAAAUUACGGCUGGGGACAGUUACCUUGCUUGUGUAGGAGAUAAAAAACCUACCUCUGUGACCAAAGAAAAAUUAAUUUGCCCAGGACAUGUAUUUGAGAAGGACGGACAGAAGGUCGUGGUUGAUUUCAGCCUGAAUAAUGGCGUCAGCUUCAUGGGCGAACCAUUGAAAAUCACCAGCAAGGACUGUCCAGAUGCCACGGCUGUUCCAAAGACGGAGACCUCUGUGCCCACAACUGUCACACAGAAGAGGACCCCAGUGCCCACGACUGUCACACGGAAGAGAACCCCAGUGCCCACGACUGUCACACGGAAGAGGACCCCAAGGACUCCAGUGCCCACUAUAGUCACACAGAAGGACACCCCAGUGCCCACGACUGUCACACCGAAGGAGACUCCCGUGCCUACGACUGUAACACAGAAGAGGACCCCAGUGCCCACGACUGUCACACAGAAGGAGACCCCAAUGCCCACAACUAUCAGAGAGGGCCUGACUCACGACAAACAUUUCUUCUUCCCUGUGCUCAUCCCGGCCCUGCUCAUGUUCCCGGUGCUGAUCUGGUGCAUCUGGUGCUGCAGGAGGCACAAACUGGAUACCUUGUGUAACUUUGUUCAGAGCUGCAACCAGGUGCCAUUGAUGUGGUGUCAGCCCAGGGACAAGGGGAGGUGCAUCUGCUUCACCCUAGUGAAGCCCCCCUGCACACAGAUGCCCUGCAGCUCAGAGAUCUGCCUUCAACCCAGCCAGGAGUGCUUCCCCAACAGCUGCUGCUCACGGUGCCAACACCCCCCACCCAUCUGCUCCCGGCCUUCCUCCAGGAUGCUGUCGCUGAUCCCUCCCCCUGCCCAGACACUCUGCAGAACUGCUUUGUCACUCCCACCCCCUUAGCCCAACCUGCAAAGCACCAAAAACCCAAGAUUGUUAAGAGCCCCUUGUGUACUGAAUUGUACAUAUAUAUUGAGUCUUGG